GGUUGCGCAAACGCGCGCGGCUAGGAGCAGCUCCUGAGCAGCUACCCAGCGGGCCACCGAGUUAAUUUAGCUUACUCCAUAUACACACUGCUACUAAGAUUGCUACUAGCUAGCAUGGCGGCAAGUUCAUGGUCGUCGUCUUCAUCCUGCACAUCGUCGUUCGGGUCCCUCGACGACGAUGUCGUCUGCGUCAUCAAGUCGGAUUCCGUGGCUGCCGCAGCCGUUGCGGAGGGAAGCGUCAAGUUCCUGUGCAGCUACGGUGGUAGGAUCCUGCCCCGCCACACCGAUGGCACGCUGCGCUACGUCGGCGGCGACAAUCGAGUUCUCUCCGUCGACCGACCCCUCCGGUUUUACGACUUGCAGCGGAAGAUGAGGGAAUUGUGCGGCUGGGAAGCGUACCUGCGGUGCCAGCUACCGACGGAGGACCUGGACGCGCUCAUCUCCGUGACGUGCGACGACGACCUCGCCAACCUGCUCCAGGAGUACGACGAGGCCAGCAAGGACCGUCUCCAGUCGCUCAAAAUCCGGGCGUUCCUGUUCCCGAGGACGCCGGCGCCUGCGUCCUCCAUACCGCGUAGUAGCCCGCCGUCGUCCCCGUCGUCGCAUUCCAGACCGUCACCGAGUGCUCACCUCCACAGGCGAAACACUUCCCGGGCGCCCGCAGCCGGCGUCUCGCUGACGUGCGCGCCGCGGUGGUGGGCAGCGCCCCGGGCCUCUCGCCAGGCACAAGCGCACCAGUCGCAGAACUACGACCUGCGUAGCCUUGACGAGGAGCGGUCGCACCCGCACCGGUACCUUGUCCAAAAUGGCAGGCACUUGCAAUAACGUGACAUGAGCAGCUCCUCCGGACCAUGGGAUGAGCAGAUCGGAGUGUAAUACAGUGUACAGUGCGCGCGCGUGAUGCCUGAUGCGUGCGCACCGUGCACGCAACGUCUGACAUGUACUACCAUGCUGAUCCUGUGCACGUCCAUGUGUUAUCAUCCACUGGUGUACUAGAUCGCUUUGUUUUUUUUGCAACAUGAAAAUGUUAUGGAGGAUA